AUAAGAACGAGCGCGUGUCAUUCACGAUGUCGCGGUGAUAGUGAAAGCAUGUCGUCGGUGCUGCUGAAAGCUGAAGAAGUGAAAACGGCACGUUGAAGUCAUGAUGUCUGAGACGGAGAUAAGACAACGUCAACGUCGCGACGAAGUCGCCUCUUCCGACACCAAGACUUGGGACCGCAAUAAGACCACCCUUUUGUCAUGGAAGGACAUGCCGAAACAUCUCCAGUUCAAUCCUUACAUUCAUACGGGGUAUAGACCGAUGCUGACCGCCUGGGAAUGUGUAAACAGUCUUUUUUAUCUACAUAAUGAGACUGUCAACAUUGUCACACACGCAAUUCCAAUACUUUACAUCCUCUUCACUGUGCCUGCUUUGCUUCCAUGGUCCCAAGUCGAGCUUCGUUUCCUUUCAUGGUGUCACUUUUUGGGGAUUUUGUGUCCAUGGGUUGGGAGUUUCGUUUAUCAUCUUUUUAUGAAUUUGAAUCGAAGCGAAUAUUUUUAUCAUCGUCUGCUCCAAUUGGACAUGUUGGGAAUUUGGAUCAGUCAGAGUUUCGGUGCCAUGCCCAUGGUAAUCGCGACGACUUACUGCUUGCCCCGCCUCCUCCGCUGGUUCAUCAUCGUAUCAUAUUGCUUACUGAGUCUGUGGGGCCUGUACAAAGCAAUGAUCGCAUGGUCACCAUGGGAGCGCCGUCUUUGCUUCCUUCUGCCUUUCAUCAUGCGACUACACCUCUGGUGUCUCCGCGUCACCAGUUACGGGGGCGGCGACCCCGCCGCCUUCCAACACGUUAUUCUCCAGGACGUGGUGUCCAUUUUUGGAGCGGCUAUCGGCGCCCUACACAUACCGGAGAAAUGGUUUCCCGGCACCGUCGACUUCUACAUGAACUCGCAUAAUAUCAUGCAUGUGUUAGUCGUCGCUGCCGUCUAUUCCAUGCACGUGGCCACGAUGCGUGACCUUGCGUGGAUGUCACGAGUGAAAUGCAGCGCCGCCCUCUGAUGCGCAGCCACGCCCAUUAGUGACAAAAUGGGAAAUUAAGAUUAAGUAUUUUCGCUUGUUUCUUGCGCACAAAGUGGUUCUUCCGGACACGCGUUUUAACUUUUCCAGAAAUUUUACAGUUGUGAUAGAGUCGAUGAGUAGACAAGUUUAGAAUUUGGUUUUAAACUAGUUGUAGGAUUUCCAGUGAUGAAAAUAUAUCUUGUAGUGAUCUUAUCAAGCUUUUACAAAAAAGGUGAGUUGUACCUACCGUGUUUUUCUUGGUAGUUAGAUGUCUAUUCUCAUACAGUAACGAUCUAUUUUUUUUAAAUUUUAUCCACAACCAGUCAUAAUAACACUACUAGGAGACGUCUUAUGAUAUCAAUAAAAUACACGGAUCUUGUAAAAAAUAAAUAGCACAUCCGAAUACAAAUUAAUUUGACUGACAAACGUCCUUCAAAACGUCUAAUAAAAAAUUUCCAAAAUGUUGUUUUCGUCUAUAUUGUCUGGUUGUAGAUAAAACGUUGUAUUGCGUACGGGUCUUACAAUGUAUUUUAUCCACUUAAUUUAACCUUUGCGUGGAUAAACAUUGUUAAAACUACGGAUACCUAAAGACUAGGAUACGAUGCGACGUAAAACGUUCUCGAUAGUUCCGUUAAUGAGGCGAGAUAGCGUAGUUGUUCUUUUCUCGUUUAAGUUUUAAGAACAAUGAAAUAAAGAAUGGCUGUGUGUACAUAACGGUGAGCAAAACGCAAAUAAAAAAUAUAGACAAAGCAUUCAAUUCUCAAUAAUAAGAGAUAAAGGCAAUGCAAAAAUUUUAUUGAAAACUAUAUACAAAAUUCUCAUAUUUUUGAAAAUGCUGUGAAUACAGUUAAAGGUACAAGAAAAAUAUAAAAAAAAGUUGUAGAGAAUAAAAUUUUCAAGAAAAAAGUCCGCGAGAGAUACCUCUAUCUUCAAUGGUUUAGGUCCUAAGGACGUUCAAAGACGCUCAAGUAACGAAUAUGUAUCAUUUUUACCUGUGGUCAAAGGACAAAAAAUUAAUUUAAACCUAAACGGUUGAAGAUAGAGAUAUGGUCUCGCGGACUUUUUACUAGAAAAUUUUAUUCUCUACAACUUUCUUUCUUACAUUUUUCUUGUAUCUUCAACCGUAUUCGCAGCACUUUGAAAAACAUGAAACGGAGCAGACUUUAAAUUUUAAAUAUAUUUUUUUCUCAUAUUCCUCGUAAAAAAAUUAGUCGUUCGUUUUUCACAGCUUAUUAAAGCUCAACCUUUUCGCAUUUUUUCCAAGCAAUUAGUACACUGGUUAAAUUUAAAUUUAUUUAAAACGAUUUGAAACUGAGACGGUAAAACGCUCAAAGCGCCCUCAUUUUUACUCCGCCGUACUACUGUUUUGGGUCCAAAAAAUCGAGCAAUUUUGUAUCUCGUUUCGUCUCCUAGUAUGUAGUUCUCCGUAGUUACGACCCUUAUACCGUGCGAUCAAAAAAUAAAUAAAUUAGAGUAGGCGGCGAUCCAACUUUGACAAGUUUGCGUUUUAUUCAUUUUGAGUAAAAAUAAUGUUCACUUUAGAACAGAAAAUUUUUAUUGU